UCUUCUUCCCUUUAAAAACCGCUUAUCUUUUUCUACCAUUUUCCGGCGAAAGGGGUUAAGCUAAAACCCAUCAUGUCUCGUAUUCUCACUGAAAAUAUAUCGCCGGAUAAUAAUAAUAAUUCUUCCCAAUUUUUUCAACACUCUUUGGAGCUUAUCGCCGGCGAAUUCUCAACGUCCACCGGAGCUUCCCGGACUAUUGGGCAAUUGCUUCAACACGUUGGCGAUGUACGGAAAGAAGUCACCGGCGACGAAACUCCGGUCCAUGAAGCCCUUGUCGACGUGACUGAUCCCAGACCGAUACCGUUCGUUCUUUCCUUUAACAACCUCACUUAUAGCGUAAAGGUUCCUCCCAAAAUGGCGUUGCCUGGUUUCUUGCGACGGAGGGGUGGUGGUAGCGCUGCCGCAGCCGCCGCUGUCGUUGGAGAUUCACUUGCCGGAGAUGGGUAUUUUACGAGGACCAAGACGUUGCUUAAUGAUAUCUCCGGUGAGGCUCGAGAUGGUGAGAUAAUGGCGGUGCUCGGAGCUAGCGGUUCGGGCAAAUCGACGCUGAUCGAUGCUUUGGCCAAUAGAAUAGCUAAAGGGAGUUUGAAAGGAAGCGUCACCUUAAACGGUGAAGCUUUGGAAUCACGAAUGUUGAAAGUGAUUUCGGCUUACGUUAUGCAAGAUGAUUUACUUUACCCGAUGCUAACCGUCGAGGAAACCUUAAUGUUCGCCGCCGAGUUCCGACUUCCUCGGACUCUGUCGACAUCGAAGAAGAAAAUGCGAGUUCAAGCUUUGAUCGAUCAAUUAGGCUUAAGAAACGCUGCCAAAACUGUUAUCGGAGACGAAGGUCAUCGCGGUGUUUCCGGCGGAGAGCGUCGUCGUGUAUCGAUCGGCAUUGAUAUUAUUCAUGACCUUAUCCUUUUCUUGGACGAGCCGACGUCGGGGCUUGAUUCGACCAGUGCUUUCAUGGUGGUCAGGGUUUUACAAAGGAUAGCUGAGAGUGGAAGCAUCGUCAUAAUGUCAGUUCAUCAGCCAAGUUAUCGAAUUCUCGGAUUGCUUGACCGAUUGAUAUUUUUGUCUCGUGGACAAACUGUUUACAGCGGUUCACCGAUGAAUCUGCCCUUGUAUUUCUCCGAAUUUGGAUAUCCGAUACCCGAAAACGAGAACAAAACCGAAUUCGCUCUCGACUUAAUUCGUGAACUUGAAGGAUCUCCUGGUGGAACAAAAAGUUUGGUCGAAUUCAAUAAGUCAUGGCAAAGCAUGAAGCAUAUAAGAGAUCCCGAGCCUGACCAGCUCGGUCUGUCGCUAAAAGAAGCAAUCAGCGCGAGUAUCUCUCGAGGUAAACUCGUUCCGGGUGCUACAAAAGACGUCAAUUCAACUUCAAUGGUCCCAAGGUUCGCAAACCCAUUUUGGAAAGAAAUGGUGGUAUUGUCAAACAGAUCAAUCCUAAACUCAAAACGGAUGCCGGAGUUGUUCGGUAUUCGAUUGGGAGCGGUUUUAGCGACCGGAUUCAUUUUGGCCACGGUGUUUUGGCAGCUCGAUAACUCGCCAAAAGGUGUACAAGAAAGACUAGGAUUUUUCGCAUUCGCCAUGUCGACGACCUUCUACACAUGUGCCGACGCCCUCCCUGUUUUCCUCCAAGAAAGAUACAUUUUCAUGAGGGAAACCGCCUACAACGCAUACAGAAGAUUAUCCUACGUUAUAUCGAAUGCUCUAGUGACAUUACCGGGCUUGAUAUUUCUCUCGCUCGCCUUUUCCGUGACAACGUUUUGGGCUGUCGGACUCGAUGGCGGAUUUUCCGGAUUCGUAUUCUAUUUCCUAAUCAUGUUCGCCUCAUUCUGGUCCGGAAGUUCGUUCGUGACAUUCCUCUCGGGUGUCGUCCCUCAUGUGAUGUUAGGCUACACCAUCGUGGUCGCCAUUUUAGCUUAUUUCUUACUCUUCAGCGGCUUCUUCAUCAACCGCGACCGGAUCCCGGAUUACUGGAUAUGGUUCCAUUACUUGUCCCUGGUGAAGUAUCCGUACGAAGCAGUUUUAAGGAAUGAAUUUGAGAACCCUACGAAGUGCUUUGUCAGAGGGACUCAAAUAUUUGACAAUUCACCAUUGGGAGCAGUCCCUCCAGCCAUGAAAGUAAGAUUGUUGCAGUCAAUAAGCAGGACGUUGGGACUGAGAAUUACAAGCUUAACAUGUUUGACGACUGGUUUGGAUAUUCUCAAACAAGAAGGGAUCACGGAUUUAAGCAAAUGGAAUUGCUUGCUCAUCACUGUGGCUUGGGGCUUCUUGUUCCGGAUUUUAUUUUAUUUUUCUUUGUUGUUAGGAAGCAAAAAUAAGAGAACAUAAAAACAAAAUUAUCAGUUUUUAAAAAAUAACA